AUGUCAAGCUCCACACAAAAGCUCACAAAAGAGGAAAUCGACCGUCUCGUCGCCACGGCAACAAAAGAUGCUGCGCACCGGCGUAUGGAAAUUCUCGACAUCGCACGCGAAGCCGGAAUCAAUGCACCGCUCUCUGUUAUCGAGGCUGCAUUCGAGUCAAGGGGGUUCGGGAGGUAUCCAGAGACAAAAGUGACAAAGGAGGAGCUUGAACUUAUCAAAGCGGGGAAGCAUUGGAGUCAGACCGAGGAGGGGAAGGCAUGGGCAAAGGCAAACUCAGAAGUCAGGGAUGCAUCAGGAAAUAUCAUCAAGCCCGCUGGAACUGGUGCACCUACACACCUAAAUGGCUAA